AAUUACAAGCUAAAGCAGUCAAAAUAAAUACAUUAGCGGAAUGAAAAAAUGUGUUUUAAGUAUAAAGAACCGUCACAUCAAAUAAAAAGUUAUAUGCGACACCUGAAAAAGUGAUAAAUUAGUUUCUAAACUCAAAUUGUAUGCUUUCAUAAGUCUAUAAAAUGUCCAAAUCAGAUGACGAUCUUAAAAAUGAAGAAUCAAAAGAAGAGUAUGGUGUGGUUGAAUCUGAUUCGUCCGAAUAUAGCUGUACUGGAAUUUUUAGUGUGCCGUCAAUUGACGAUCUAUUAUCAACAAUUGACCGAUCAAUUAUUCCCGAAGAGGGUAGUCUUUCUAGGAGUGACUUUAGGUCAGCUUCAAUUUCUUCAACGCAACAGUCAAGCGAUACUAUACCAAAGGAACCGAAUCUUUCGGAAUUUGCUGAUGUAGAAAUCCUGGAAAAAAGCGAAUCUUCGAAAUUCGACAAUCCUAAUUUCCCAGAGCAUAUUUCACCAUCAAAUUUUGAUCCUUCUGAGGACCAUUUAGAAGCAGAUUUUGGUUUUAUUAAUAUGAAAAACAAUAAAUUUGCAUCUUCGAAUAAGAGUAGAAGUAUUUCAUCUCACUCAAACUUUUCUGAAUGUAAGGUAUCCUCUGAUUCUCAAACUGACGUGUUAUCAAUCCUUAUUGACGAAACUGAUGAAAACCUUACAAUAAAUAAUUCCAUUAUAUCAAAUCAAGAUAUCUUGUCUUUGGUUAAACCUUUCAAGAUAGUUUUGAAUAGGCUUACAAAGGAAGAAUUAACAAUUUAUGGAAGUGUAAGCAAACAGAAUGAUGUAGUUUGUACAUUGGAAACAUCUUUAUUUCCAUAUGACACUGAUGAUAGUGAUGUAAUUUCAAAAAGUGAUAAUGUAAGAACUAAUAAAAAGAAAAAAAUAAGUCUCACUGAUUCAUCAGAAGAAGGUGAAAAUAGAUUGGAGACUUCAACAAAAAAAUUACAUAAGUCCACUUUUAAAAAAGUUCUUAAAAGUGGAAUGGCAACAAAUGAACUUUCCUCUUUAGGAAUUAAACAAAAGAAAAAUAAACAUAAAGAUCUACCAUCUGCCAAACAAAAGAAAUAUUCUCAAAAGAGGGGUAGACCUAAAAAAUUAACCUCUUUUGAGCCAGAUGAAUUAUCUGAAACUGAAAAAGAAACUGCUGUUGAUAAUUUACAGUAUAAAAAUUUUUUGCAUGUAGCUGAAGAUAGUGAUAAUACAAGUGAUGAUGAUGUCAGUAUGAGACUAUCUGUUGAAAAGAUAAAUCGCAGAAAAUUAUCCUCAACUGGAGAAGAUGUUGAUGAAAAUGAAGAAAAGAAUUCUACAAAAAAUAUUACUAGCAAAUUAACUUCUAAUAAAUCAAUAAAAAAUCAAACUGCAACAAGUGAAAAUUUAGAAAAAGCUAGAAAAGAUCAGCUUAAAAAAUUAUUUUUUUCCGAACACGAGACACGUGCUGAAACUAAAAAAAAAACAGUUUUUAAGACUUAUAGGUCCAGAAAACUUUCAUUUAAUUCUGGAACUGAUGAUAGUGAUAUAAAUUCAAGUGCUAGUGACAUUGAAGAGGAAUUACCUGAUGAAGUUAAAAAACUCACAGAAGGUAUAGAAUUAAAAAAUAUAGAAUUGCCAAUAAAUAAAAAAGUUAUGAAGACAAAGUCAAAAUUUGUGAAGUCUUAUGCACUUACUGCAUCGAAGUUAGUGUUUACAAGAAAUCCAUUACCAAAUUUUAAUUAUAAGGAAAAUGUUUCUGAAAAUGAGACAUCUGCAAAUGAUCUUUGUUCUACAAUUAAACCAUGCAGAGUUGUCUUGUAUAAACUAUCUGAGGAGGAAAUAAAUUUUUCGAAGCUUAAUAACUCAUCCAAUGAGGUUCACAAAACAAAAACAUUACUAUGCGCCAAAGGGGGGAGCAAGUCAAAUGUUGAAGCAUCAAAUGGAUUUUCAUACUCAUCUGAAAAACCAAUUUUUAAAAGUCUAAAAAAUAGAAAAUUAUCUGCAUCAACAGAGUCUAGCAGAAAGAGUUGUGAAUCAACUGACAGUAGCCUACCUAGUAUUCCGAUUCUUGAUAAAUUAUUUUCUAAAAAUAGGAGGUAUGGAAAGUUAAAAUCAUCUGUAAAACAAUCUCAACAAAAGUCUUCAUCAAUGGCUUUCUUUAAAGCCUCACCAGACAAAAAUGGAAACGAAGAUGGCUUAUGUAUUCCGCUUACAUCUGAUGUAGAUAUAUCUGAGGAAUCAGAAAAUGAAAGUAAAAAAGCUAAAUUAUUGAAGAAAAAAUCUCAUCAAAAGUCAUCAUCUAAAAUGGCCACCCAAGACAAAGAUGAAAAUGCAAAAAGCUUGUAUACUCAGGAUGCAUCAGAUAUAGAUUCAUCUGAAGAAUCGGAAUAUGAAAGUAAAAAACCAGAGUCUUUGAAGAAAAAAUUGCAUCAAAAGUCAUCAUCUAAAAAGAGCACAGCAGAGAAAAAUACAAGUGCUAAAAGCUUUGAUACUUCACAUACAUCUAAUGGAGAGAUAUCUGAGGAAUCGGAACAUGAAGAUAAAAAACCUGAUUCAUUCAAGAAGAAAUUGCAUCAAAAGUCAUCACUCAAAAAAGCUGCACAAGAUAAAGAUGUAAGUAAAAACUUAGAUACUCUGUAUACAUCUGAUGUAGAUAUAUCUGAGGAAUUCGAACUUGAAAGUAAAAAAUUUGAAUCAUCCAAGAAAAAAUCACACCAAAAGUCAUCAUCUAAAAUGGCCUCAGAAAACAAAGAUGCAAAUGCAAAAAGCUUGUAUACUAAAACUGCAUCUGAUGUAGAUUCAUCUGAACAUGAAAGUAAAAAACUUGAGUGUUCCAAGAAAAAUUUGCAUCAAAAGUCAUCAUCUAAAAUGAUCACACAAAAGAAAUUUACAAGAACAAAAAGCUUAAAUUCUCCACAAGCAUCUGAUGUAGAUAUAUUUGAGGAAUCGGAACAUGAAGGUAAAAAACCUAAAUCAUCCAAGAAAAAAUCUCAUCAAAAGUCAUUAUUCAAAAACGCUGCAGAGGAUGAAAAUUCAAGUGCUAAAAGCUUAGAUAGUCUGCACGCAUCUGAUAUAGAUUCAUCUGAAGAAUCGGAAUAUGAAAGUAAAAAGCCAUUGUCUUUCGAAAAAAAAUCACAUAGGAAGACAUCGCUCAAAAAAGCUGCAGAAGAUAAAAAUUCAAGUACAGAAAGCUUUAAUACUCCUCAUACAUUUGAUGUAGAUAUAUCUGAGGAAUCACAAUAUGAAGAUAAAAAAUCUGAAUCAUUCAAGAAAAAAUCGCAUCAAACUACAUCACUCAACAAAGUUGCAGAAGAUGACAAUUCAAGUACAAAAAGCUUUAAUACUCCACAUACAUCUGAUGUAGAUAUAUCUGAGGAAUCGGAACAUGAAGAUAAAAAAUCUGAAUCAUUCAAGAAAAAAUCACAUCAAAAGACAUCGCUCAGAAAAGCUGCAGAAGAUGACAAUUCCAGUACAAAAAGCUUUCAUACUCCACAUACAUCUGAUGUAGAUAUAUCUGAGGAAUCGGAACACAAAGGUAAAAAACUUGAAUCAUCCAAGAAGAAAUUGCAUAUAAUAUCAUCAACCAAAAAUGUGUCACAAGACAAAGAUAUGAGUGAAGAAGGCUUACUCACAGAUCUUACAUCUGAUGUUGAUAUAUUUGAGGAGUCAGAAAAUGAAAUUAUAAAAUCUGGAAAAAAUCUUGUAUCAUUAAUGAAACCAUGCAAAGUCAUUUUAAAUAAAAUAAAUGUUUCAGAAUAUUUCAUUGUUAAAGAACCCUCUGAGAAACAGAAUGUUUUAAAUAACAAAAGAAUUAUUUCCUCAUCUGAUGAGGAAAGCGAUGCUUUAGAGUCUUUAUCAACUUCUAAUCUAAUUAAAACAAAUAAAAGAGCACGGUUGGUGACGUCCAGCAAUGUUACAGGCAUUCAUAGGAUGCGUGGAAAAAUAAAUAAAAAAAUUCUAUUAUCAGGUAGGGAUGAUAGAAUUACCGUAAAGAAUGCAUCAACUUCUAAAAAUCAGGAAAUUGAUAAUUCAAAAACACUAUCUUAUUUUGUAAAUUGUAUUGAAAAAGUUUAUAAAACACAUAAAAAGAGAAAUAAGGGAAUUGUUUCAUCUGAUGAUGAUGAAAUCAUAUCAGUUAAGUCUACAUCAAAUCUAGAAAAAACAAAUGCUAAAAUUGUAUUAGCGAGACAGUCAUCUCCUUCCUCUAUAAACAGUGUCAAUGAAAUAUCUGAAAAAAGAGGUAAGGAAAUGAGUCUAUCAUUAUCUGAUGAUAGCGUUUCAUUUAAAAACAAAUUAACUUUUAAACAGUCGAAAACAAAUAUUGGAGAUACAAGAGUAAGGCUAAAAUCUUCUUCAUACAUUAAUAAUUCUAAAAAAAUUCAUAAAACAUCUAGAAAAAGAAAAAAUAUUUCAUCAUCUGAAGAGGAAAACAUUAACCUUCAACCUACAUCAACUAAAUCAUCAUCCGAUAGAAAUCAUAGAAGAUCCUCAUCGUGUUCUUCUGUAGAUAUUUCAUCAUCAAUUGAAAAAGCAGUGAAUAAGAAUUCUGUUCAUCCAUUGCAGAAGAAAAGAAGGUUUGUUCCAAAAGAAAAAGUUGGUGAAAAGUUCAGUUCUAACUUGAAGCAUAAAAGGUUGUCCCUUACUCAGAUUUGUGAUACAAAUAAAGAUUCAGACAAGGAUUACCAAUCUGAUAUUGAUGAACUUGUAGAGACCGGCCAUAAGAAAAGGAGACACGUGAACACUAAAACUAUUAGCAGAUCUUCAUCUUCCUCUUCUAAGUUGAAGCAUAAAAGGUUGUCUCUGAAUAGUGAAACUAAGAUUUGUGAUACAAAUAAAGAUUCAGACAAGGAUUGCCAAUCUGAUAUUGAUGAACUUGUAGAUACCGGCCAUAAGAAAAAGAGACAUGUGAACACUAAAACUAUUAGUAGAUCUUCAUCAUCAUCUUCUUUAAGUUCUUCAGCAUCUAUUAAAACUGUUCCAAGUCGGUCUGAUGAACAAUCUAUGACUGACAAAGGUUUUUCCACAUCUAAGCUGAAAACUGAGAAAACAUUUGUUUCUAAUUUAAAACGCAAAAGAUCUGUAAGCAAUGGCUGUCUUAAUUCCAAUCUAAAUGAAGAUUCUGGUGCUGAUCUUAAAUUCAAGGGUAAAAACCAGAGAAGACCAUCUUCAGUAUCUUCUGAAAAUUCUUUUAUGUCUGUUGAAACAGCUUCUUCAAAAAAAUUGACUGUUGGUUGCACUUCUUCCAUAUCAUCGUCAGAUGGAAUUUCUCAUGAAGAAUUUGAGAGUGAUUUUCUUGGUAAACUGAAAAAGGAUAAGGCGUCUAAGCUUAAAAGAACUAUGUCCUCUGAAACAAAGAAUAGAAAAUCUUGUAUACCUUCACAUUUCAAAGCUAAAAAUUUCAAGAUGAAGAUCACAAGGGAUAAUGAGUUGCUGUCAUUAAUCACUCCGUGCCAGGUUAUUUUGCACCGACUGCCUGAUAAUAUUUGCUUUGAAAACUGGACAAGAAAGGAUUCAGACUUUUUAAGACAAAUUAAUGCUCUUGAAAAAAGCUUAUCAGUUGGGGAAAAUUAUGAUAGCUGUAAUGAUCUAAAUUUCUUUGAAAAAACAUCAUUAGUUUGUGCUGAACCUGAAUUGUUAAGGAAUAAAAAUGCAAAUUCUGAUACAAGACUUUCAGCUACAAUUGAACUAUCUAAAGCAACCCUGAGUGAUUCUUCUUCAGACAGUGAACAAUCCUAUGAGGAAAGCCGGUAUUAUAAAGAGUUUGAAAAGGAGAAAAUAUUUGAACAAGCUGAUCUGGCUUUAGGAAAGCAGAACAAUCAAGAAGAAAAUUCUAUCACUUCGGAAAGUGAAAUUCUUUGUGACAAGAAUAUAGAGCAAUCCUAUAAGGAGCUCAAAAAUUUCGAAACUUCAGAAAUGAAUAAAAAGAAUAGUGAUCUAACUGAUGCAACUUGUGAAAAUCAAGCAGAUAACUCUAUCAUCUCAGGAAAAGGUGGAACUCAGUAUGAUCAAGAUGCAGAAACUGAUAAAAAUCGGGAAAGUCAUGAAAUAGAUGUUAAUAACGCAAAAGGAGUAAUUCAGUGUUGUGAAGUAAACAAAAAUAAAGAAAUAGAAAAUGAACCAACUGGUUUAGGAAACUAUGAGAUCCAAUGUAAUGUAAAUGAUAAAAAAGGUAAUAAGGGACUAAAUAAUUUAGCAAAUUUGGAGAUUUGUAGUUGUGAAACCAACCAAAAAGAAGAAAAUAAUAGAAGUGAUGACAGAUUAACAAAUAAAAAAAGUUAUGACGAGCUAACAAAUUUAGCAAAAGAAGAUAUUGCAUGCAGCAAUGCAAACGGAGAUGUUGAAGGUGAUAUUGAGCUAACAAAAAAUUUAGCAAAAGAGGUUAAUGAAUGUGUCAAAGCAGACAGAAAUGAAGAAAGUGAUAAUGAGCUAACAAAUUUAGCAAAAGAGGUUAAUGAAUGUAGCAAAGCAGACAGAAAUGAAGAAAGUGAUAACGAACUUUCAAUAUUAGCAAAAGAGGAUAUUGAAUGUAGCAAAGAAGACAGAAAUGAAGAAAGUGAUAAUGAGCUAAUAAAUGAGGAUACUGAAUGUAGCAAAGUGGACAGAAAUAAAGGAAGUCAUAAUGAGCUUUCAAAAUUAGCAGAAGAGGAUAUUGAAUGUAACAAGGCAAACAGAAUUGUUGAAAGUGAUAUUGAGCUAACAAAUUUAGCAAAAGAGGAUAUUGAAUGUAGCAAAGUGGACAGAAAUGAAGAAAGUGAUGAUAAAAAUGAUAGUGAGCUAACAAAUCUUAACUGUGUUAAAAUGUCCCAGGCUAGUGAAAACCUUGUUUCUUGUGAAAAAAAAGAACUUCAGAGUGUGAAAACUAAUAUAAAUGAUGAAAAUAGUCGAGAAACUUCUUAUAAACUUAAGCAUUCAAGUUGUGAAACAAAUUAUGAACAGAAUGAUAGUUUUAUAGGUUCAAAUAUAGAGACUCAAUCUAGUGUACCAGAUAAAAACUGUCAGACUGACAAGGAAAUGACAACUAUUAGCUGUGAUAGAAAAUGUGAUAGUAAAAAUAGUCAAGUAAAUCUUGAUAAACUUAAAAAUUUAAAUUCUAAAAUCCAGGAGGGACCAGACAGUAGUUUGAUAGCUGUUGCCAAAAAAGGGGUAAAAAAGAAACAAAAGAAAAAUAAAUUUACAUCUUUAGAAAGGCAACUUAUGGCCUAUGCAAAUCUUCAGAAGUGAUAAUUGAUGUUUUAGUCAUUUAAUAAUUUCAUUAAUUUAUGAUUUGUAUUAUGUUUGCUUAGAAAUAAUGUGCCUCAGAAUUAAAAAUCUGAAAAAGAUAUGAUUCUUUUACUACAAAUAA